AUGAAGUUCAGUAAAGGAACCAACUGGCUUGACCAAAUGGUGAGGGAGUUGGAAUCAACAGAUGCCAAAUAUACAGAAGAAGGCAUGAAAGAGAGAAUAAAUGCUGAAAAGAAGCUAGAGAUAUUUCCAUGUCUAGAAUUUGGAGAUCCUGGGAUAUAUGAGAGGAUGAAGAAACUGCCUUCCAGAAGAAUUAUACUAACUCACCUGUCACCUCAUCUCCUGCCCCCAUCCAUUUUCCAAAGCAAGGCUAAGAUCCUUGUGCUAGUUUGGAACCCCAAAGAAACAUCUGUCUCCUAUUACCACUUCUACAACAACAUGCUAGUACUGCCAUCCUUCGCCUCCUGGGAUGAGUACUUUGCAGCCUUCAUGAACGGAAAAUUGGCCUGGGGAUCCUACUUUGACUGCUUAGUGGAAUGGAACAAAUACCUCAACCAUGAGAGGAUCAUGAUGAUAAGCUACGAGCAACAUAAAGAGGACCAGAUACUGGGAAUGAAAAGGAUUGCUGCCGCCUUUGGAUUCUCCUUGUGUGAGGAAUAUUUUCCCAGAAUUGCCAAGCAGACCAGUUUCAUAGAAUCAUCAUAG